AGCAGACGAAAAAAAUUUCAGAAAAUUGGAACUGCGAGUAAGGUGGAGGAAUUGCAGAGUUUGCAAUUAAAAGAAGCAAAUAUUCUACAGCUAUUUUAUGUGUUGUGAUAAUUAAGGCCCAGUUAUUUUGUGCUGUAAGAAUAGAUUUGAAAAAGGUGUGUAGAUAGAAAAAUUAUGGAAAUGUCUCACACUACGAUCGAAGCAACCGAAACGAAUUUUUUACUCCAAUUAAGCCAGACUGCAAUCCACUUCGAACCUGUUACAAAAAUAACGAAUGUUUUCUACGAUGAAGUGACUCGACAGGUGUUCACAGUUCGAUCAGGUGGAGCAACAGGUGUGAAUGUCAAAGGCCCAAAAAUGAAAAACCCAAUAAAUUUUUGUGUGGAAGAUAAAGGAGCUGUACAGUCUAUAAAAUUCUCUCCUGAUCAACAAAUCCUAGCCAUUCAGCGGACUUCAAAAUCAGUUGAAUUUCAGAAUUUUUCAAAUCAAGUGCCUGAUGGUGUAGAAUACUCUCAGCCAUGCAGGGGAAGUUCUACGAUCAUCAUAGGAUUUGUUUGGGUUUCAAAUACUGACUUUAUUUUGGUCACCAAUCAAGGAAUAGAACAUUAUCAAGUAAUUUCAGACAAAAGAUAUCUGAGAGCAGUAAAAAAUCACAGCAUUCAGGGCAACUGGUUUGUCUAUUGCGCUUUGUCUGGACUUUUACUGGUAUCAUCUGGUCCUCUUGGUACUAGUCUCCAACCAUAUCUGUUCAAAAAUCAUCAGCUUUUACGUCUAACAAAAUUUGAAGUUGAUUUUCCUAAUCCUCCACAACCCGCCCGCCUUUGUCUCGUCGAGAGAGACGUUACUCCAACUGUGCUUUACAACCAAAUGAUGGUACUGGUCCUCAAGCAUCCAAUAAAACCAAAUCCCACAAGCAGCCGGGAAGUAACAGGCAAAUCUGAAAUCGUCGUGUACACUUUGUGCAAAGACUCGCCUCCUCGGAAAACUCACAUACUUCAAUUAGAAACCAGUGGCAAACUAGCUGUAAGCAUUCUGGACAAUUUAAUCGUCGUUCACCAUCAAGCUUCCAAAACGUCAUCUGUUUUUGACAUAAACUUAACGGGUGAAUCUGACGGUCGAGUGGUGACGCUGCAUCCGUUUCUAGCCUCCGUCACUAUUCGCCCAUAUUUCCUCAAUAUCCCUGCCUCAGCUGCCAUGCUAAAUCACGAGCCUUCAAAGAUGAGUUGCGAGCUGUAUUCUCCAAAUUGGGUUUUUUUCCAGCCCAAUAUCAUCAUUGACGCUCUUUUAGGCUGUCUCUGGAGCCUGGAAUUAGUCUUGACUCCCUUAAUUGAUAUGGCCGAAAAUCCAUGCGAAUUAUUUGAUUUUCUUCUACAAAGAACAGAUGCUAAGCCUACUGCGAUGGCGGUCUUGAGUCGACUAAUGUGUUUCCCGCAUUCAUUGAGUGUUGAUUUGCCUGUUCUUGGCCGAGUAUUUGACAAACUUAAUGAAGCAUACCGUAAUCAAUUGGACAUCGAGAUUCAGAGUCAAAUUGCAAUGCCAGCCGGAGCUUUCCAGUUGGCUACCGGAUCAACCUCCCGACGACCUAAUAUGGUCAUUGAUCAGACUAAUAUAUACUCUCGCAUCCUGUCGCCAAUGAUAGAAAACAAGCCAGUGGGUGAAGCAUGUGAUCGUUUCAUCGUAGCCAUUGUCAGUGAGUACAUUCGCUCUCUCGUCCAAUACCACAUUCCAGUUCAGCACUUCAUUUAUGAAGUACUCAUCGAGGCUUUCGCUCGUUUGGGGCAGUUCUACCAACUUCAUCAGCUCUUCCAGUACCAUGCAGUAGCUGAUUCAAAACCAUUGGCAUGCCUACUGCUCUCUUUGGAAAGCGUGUAUCCAGCAGCCUAUCAGCUCGCGAUCGACAUGCUUAAGAGAAUUUCAAAUGCCAAUGAAGAAAUUGUAGAAAUCUUACUAUCCAAGAACAAAGUCCUGUCAGCUUUAAGGUUCGCUCGGGAUAUGAUUCCGAUUGAAAGCAUCUCAGCUCGCAAAUUUCUCGAAGCGGCUCAAAACUCUCAGGACCCCUCCGUUUUUUAUGGUGUCUACCAAUAUUUCCAGCAGCGCAACCAACGCGCCCGCGGGAGUCCAGCAUUUUUGAAAGGAGAACACUGCGAGGUGUAUAGCCGUCAUUUUAAGCUACUAUUUGGCGACGGUGAUUCGAAUAUUAGUCUAUCCGAUUCGCUAACGAUGGGAUAGCGAAAUAAUCAAGUGACAAGCCUUUAGGAAAGAAAAAUGAUAGCAAAGACUAGUUGUAUUUUUCACGUAUCAUUUUUUCGUGUGAUUAUACAUAAUAUAUAUAUAUAUAUAGAAUUUGAGUUCCAAAGUUGCGGGGUACUCGACGAGGUCAAAUGGAUUUUCAGAUUCUGCUAAAAAAAAAGGGGGGAUCCGUCAAGUACGUUUAAACAUAACUCUUUCUCCUUUUGUUCGCCAUUUUUAACAUGCACGAGUCGGGUCGUCGUAGAAGCUGGUCAGGUGCAGGGAACAAAUUACAUGGCGCAAUUGUCUUUCAGACUUCCAAAAAUUGCGCAAGAAAUUAAGGGAAUAAAAAUUUGGCAAACUUCCAAUCGAUACACAAAUUAGGGAGACUACAGAAAGUUGUUAAGAAUAAGGAGAACAUAAGAAAGGCUGUUUAACGAUAAGGUGUUGAUCCCCGGAAU